AUGGACCAACGCUAUCUACUAUUGUGGUCCUUAGUAGCCCUAUUGGUGGUGAGUACUCAAGCUGAUGUCGAGCAAAAUGAUUUAGAGGUGUCCAACUUCUUGUUAGCCGUCAAUCAUCGUCUGGCCGCUCUCUACAACAAAGAAGUCAUGGCCAAUUGGCAAAAUGAGAUUAAGGGUCCCAAUGAUCUAAUAGCGAUGCUGCAGUCUGAAAUAGCCACCCAGCAAAUUAUGCGUUUUAUACACAGUAUAUCCACAAAAGUGGCGAAAUUUAAGAGAAUUCCUUUGGAGAAUAAAGAUCUUAAGAGACAGUUAUCGCUAAUACCCGAAGUGGGCUAUGAAAUGUUGCCGGUAGAAGAUUUGGAACUGCUGUAUGCGGUCACCACUAAUAUGAGUGAUAUUUAUAAGAAUGUUAAAUUGUGUGCGUAUAAGGAGCAAGAUCGUUGUGAUUUGAGAUUGAUACCAGAGGUACAAAAUAUUCUACAUUCGACGGAAGAUGUCAAUGAGAUCGAGUACUAUUGGUUGGAGUGGCGCCGUAAGACGGGCGUAGCGGCUCGGGAUGAUUUUCAGAAGUUUGUGGAGUUGUAUCGUAAAACGGCGAAAAUGAAUGGCUUUUCAAAACCCUCUGAUUUCUGGCACAAAGAUAUCGGCGAAAGCAGUUCCACCAUAUCCACACAUUUAGAGAAGUUUAUGUCGAAUUUGAGACCCUUAUUCGUACAAUUCCAUGCUUAUGUUAGAGGCCAAUUGCGUUUAAAAUAUGGCCCAGAACUGAUCGAACUCCAUAAGCCAUUUCCCCAGCAGUUAGCGGAAAUUUUCAUAGGCAAUGCAUUUCAUUUGGGCGAACCGGGUUGGUCUAUGGAUGUACCCUUUAAUAUGACUAAAUUACCCAAUAUAACCGAUAGUUUGUUGAAGAGAGGCGUAACAAAUGCCCAGAUUAAUUUUUGGAAUGCCAAGGAGUUCUUUAGGUCCUUAGGCAUGCCGCAAUUGGAAGAAAACUUUUGGCAGGAGAGUUGUGAGGCCAAGGCCGAUUUGGAAGGUGAUCAUUGCUGGCAUAAGGCUUGGUCAUUUUAUGGCUUACAUCAUGUGAACUUUUCCUAUUGUCCUUUGAUCAGUGAGCCUACAUUUUUCAAUAUGUUUGAGGCUGUCUCGGAUGUUUAUUAUUAUCGGGCCUAUGAAAAUUUAACUACUCUUUAUCAGGAGGAACCUAUACCAAAUUUAAGUGAUGCUUUGGGUAAAUUUUUCUCUUUGGCUGCCUCUUCGCCAAAAUAUUUGGAGAGAUUGAAGUUAGUGGAUGCUUCGUAUAGCUCUAAAGAAGCCAGGAUUAAUAGAUUAUAUGUGCAUGGUCUUCGUAAUAUAUUUUUGAUACCGGUGUUUUAUAUUUUGGAACGUUAUCGUUUGGAUGUUAUUGACAAACAUAUAGACAUCAAUGAUAACUGUGCUUAUUGGCGUUUAACCGAAGAUUAUACUGGGGCCGAGCCUCCCGUCUCUAGAUCAAAUGCUGAUUUUGAUGCUCCCGCCAAGUUACUCAUGGAGGUGGAUGAUCAAUAUACCACACAAAUUUAUAGCAUUGUCUUGCAGUAUCAAUUGUUGGAGCAUUUUUGCUCCAUCACAGGGGAAUAUGUUAAGGGCGAUCCCGAGAAACCUUUGGAUAUGUGCGAUUUAACGGGUCAUCAUAUAGUGGGGGAAAAGAUUUACAAAGCCAUGUCUUUGGGUUCUUCGGUGGGCUUUAAGGAGGUUCUUAAGGUUUUAGUGGACUCAGAGGAAUUGAAUAUCAAUGGCUUGUUGGAGUACUAUAGGCCCUUGUUUGAGUGGUUGAAGGAGGUCAAUGAAAAGGAGAAUAAUGAAAUUGGCUGGCAGAGAUCGGAAAAAUGCCAGUCAUGA